GUACCAAACAGAAUCAUCAACAAACUCUCAUAACUAGAGAGCAAGCGCUUGUUUGCUCCACAACGUUACGCCCAUUUGUACCGAAAUGGGUCUACCAAAUCCCACUGCCGUCUGUUACACUAUAUCAGCAUUUUUCCUCACCAUGAUUAUCACAAAAAUUAUUGUAAGAAGAAUUAUUGCUCCAACACAGAAAAAGGGACCACUCCAGCCACCUGUUGUGAGUGGCACUUCUCUUGUAUCAUCUUUGCCCAUGAUUCUGACCAAGGGCCUACAACCAGUAAUCCAUGACCUGCAUACAAAGCUGGGCAGUGUGUUCACAAUAAAUUUAUUUGGCCUGAAGAAUGUGACUUUAUUGCUUGGACCAGAGGUCACAUCUCAUUUCUUUCAAGGCACACACUCCGAAAUAUGCCAACCAGAUAUGUAUAAAUUCACUAUCCCUAUUUUCGGCAAAGGCGUUAGUCUUGAUGCAGACUUUGCAACCAGAAACAGACAAAUGCGGUUCGGUAUAGAUGCAAUGAGGACACCACUAUUGAGAAGCAAAGUUGAUUAUAUGGUUCGAGAAGUACAGGACUACUUCGGAAAAUGGGGACAAGAUGGCAUAAUUGAUUUAAAGCAUGAGCUUGGGGAGGUAGUCAUGUUGAUUGCAAGCAGAUGCUUGCUUGGAAAAGAGGUCCGUGAUAAAAUGUUCCAAGAAGUCACCAAGCUUUUCCAUGAUCUCUUCGAAAAUGGCACGCAGUUGACCACCCUUUUCUUCCCAAAUAUCCCAAUUCCAGCCAACCGUCGGCGUGAUAAAGCACGCGCCAAGCUGGGAGAAAUAUUCCAUGAGAUAGUGAGAUCACGUAGAAUCUCAGGGCAAGUCGAGGAUGAUGUGCUACAAAAAUUUAUAGACUCAAAAUGCAUGGAGAAUGGCCGCUCCAUGUCUGAGAGUGAGAUCACUGGGCUACUCAUUGGCAUGUUGUUUGCUGGGCAACACACGAGCUCGAGCGCCGCAUCAUGGACGGGAGCUUGUCUGAUCAGCCAUGAGAAGUACUUAGCAGCUGCUAUAGAAGAGCAACAGAAAAUCAUUAGACAACACGGACAACACAUAGAUUACAACAUCUUGUCAGAGAUGGGGACCUUACAUUGCUGCAUCAAAGAGGCAAUAAGAAUGCACUCUCCAGCGGUAAUGAUGUUCCGCAGUGUGAAGAAGAAGUUUGCUGUACAAACUAGAGAAGGCUACAAAUAUGAGAUUCCGGAAGGACAUACCGUGGCGACCUCUAUAGCUGCUGGCAAUCAAUUGCCACAUAUUUAUAAAGAUCCUCAUGUAUAUGAUCCAUACCGUUUUGGUCCAGGGAGAGAGGAGGACAAAAUUGGUGGUAAGUUCGCAUUCACAUCGUUUGGUGGUGGCAGGCAUGCUUGCAUUGGGGAGGAAUAUGCUUACAUGAAAAUUAAAGUGAUAUGGAGUUGCCUGCUGCGGAACUUUGAGUUAAAAAUGCUUUCUCCUUUCCCAGAGGAAGAAGUUGAUAAAAUCAUAGCAGGGCCUAAAGGAAGGGUGAUGGUUAGUUACAAGAGACGGCUUGUCGUUAAUACCUAAUUGAUGAAAUAUUAAGAGCGGUUAUGUAUUUGAAUAUAUAUGUCUAAUUUGGAGUCAAUGAUGUAAGCGGUCAUCUUGUAAUGUAUCCAUGUUACAAAAGUACAUUUAAGUCCAUCCCUUCAAUUG